CGAACAGUCGUAGCGUAGAGUUGACGUUGCUCAUCUUUUAAAAUAAGAAAAAAGCCUUAUUUUGUUUACUUGCUAAUUUUAGAAGUUAUUAAAACUUCACGAAUUGCUCAACGUUUUAAGAAACGCAAAACAUCACAAGUUGAUAAUCACCACAUGGCUUAAAAUUUAAUAAACAAAUGCGCAGGAGUUGCCGUCUUUGAAGUUUGAUCGUUGUUUAUUUUUCAAGCAUUCUUUGAUUGUUUCAUUAAAUCUUGCCAUGUGGAGAAGGUCUUAUUUAAUCGUCGCGCUGAUUUGUGUGGUGCCAAUAGCAUACGCAUGCAAUGAAGCUAUAUGUGCAAGCGUAGUAUCAAAAUGCAUGUUGACCCAAUCAUGCAAAUGCGAUUUGAAGGACUGCUCAUGCUGCAAAGAUUGCUUCAGUUGCCUCAGCUCCUUGUACAGCGAGUGCUGUAGUUGCGUCGAUAUGUGUCCCAAGCCAAAUGACACGCAGACAGAACUAUCAAAAACUUCCUAUGUUGAGGAGCUUGGUGAUGGAGUACCAGGCCUCUUUGCUGCUCUAACAAGUGAUCCAGAUGCUCAACAACGCUGGCUCUCUAUGACAUAUCCAGUGGACAUCGACCUAUCAGCCUACAGACCUGUACCAGAGAAACAAGUUGUUUAUCAUUUACAGAGCGUGGAACAAGAUUCGGAGCCGGUGAACACAGACGUGGUGACUUUCAACUGCACCGUCGCGUACAUGUCCCAGUGCAUGUCGUGCGACAAAUGCCGGGCCUCGUGUCGGUCCAUGGGCGCCAACAGCAUUAGGUGGUUCCAUGACGGAUGUUGCGAAUGCGUCGGCGACAAAUGCUUGUAUUACGGCAUCAACGAGAGUCGGUGUCUUGCCUGCCCGGGUGGGAAGGAAACUUCGAUUAAUGCUAUCGAUGAAGAACUCACGUAUGACGACUUGGAUUACGGAGAAGACGUUGACGCACAAUCUAUUUAAAACAAAUAUUCGGUAUUCACAACUUUAAAUACAUACACUCGUAUAUUAUUAUGUACAUUGGACUUUUGAACGCGAGGAGCGAAAUUGUGUAAAUUGUUUUAUUU